AUGUGGGAGCCCCGACCCCCAUCGCAGUCGGGGGAGUGGAAGGGAAGCGGGGCCGCGCCGGGACUCAGCGGGCUCUGCCCCGCGCCCACCGCCGCCAGCCCCCCUCCGCCGGGCAGCGCCCAGGGCGCGCCCCCACCCGCCCGCCCCCGGCCCCUCCUGGACCCCGAAGUCCGGUCCCCGCCACCCCGUUCACGGGACGGGCCCGCGCUCCGCUUUCUCGCCGCCCCGGGCGUGCGGGGUGCCCGGCGGGUGCCCACGGCGCCCCCUCCGACAGCGCCGCCUCCCGAGGCCCCGGUCCCGCGUCCCGCCCGCCGGCCCCGAGCCGCGCUCUGCGCCCCCAGCCCCGGCCGGGCGCCCGGACGGACCGAGGGCGGCUCCCCGUCACCCGCGGGUCCGGACGCCGACCCGGUGCCUCGCCGCCCGGGGCCCGCGCCCGUCCGCCCGCCCCCGCCGCGCACCGUCCCGACAGUCGGGGCGCCCGAGGGCUCAGGGUGUGCGACCCGCAGCCGCCCGCCCCCGCCACCCGGACCCCAGCCCGCGGGCUCCCUCCCGGCGGCGGGUGGGGAGGUCGGAGCGGCGGGCACCCAAGUGGGAGGGACCGGAGCCGCCGGCCCUGCCCCCGCCGCCCGCGACCCUCGGACCCCGGACCCCGGACCCGGACCCGGACCCCGGACCCCGGACCCGGACCCGGCUGACCUGCCGCUGCGCGCCGCUCCGCUGUCUCGGCUGCCGCUCGGCUCCGGCUCCGGCUCCGGCUCCGGCCGCGCCGCUCACGGGCGCCCCCUGCAGGCGUCUCCGAGGCUGCGCUGUCCCCGCCCCGCCCGCCGCGCGGGGAAACCGAGACACGCCCCGCUCCUGGUCGAGAGCGUGCUCGAAUGCAGACCCGGGCCCGCUGGCCGGCGGGUGGCCUUCCGUGUGCCCCUCCUGGCAGCGUGGCUGGGGCAGCGAGCCUGCUUCCCCUGCGACUUCCCAGGUGCUAACGGGUGCAUCCGACCCCGGCUCCUGCGCCCGUGCUCGCCGGAGGAGCGGUUGUCUCCCGCAUCGGGGGCCCGGCGGCAGCAGAGGGCGGGGGAGCCCGACUUCAUCACCGCCGGCUCCGUCUGA